CACGUGGGUACUCAUAACACGUCACAUGCAAUAGUCACAUGACGUCCGGAUGCGGUUAAAGUGGCUGCGAGUGAGGCACGUGAUAUCGCGCCUCUCGCGUCGUCCAAGUGGCAACCAAACGCUGACACCUCCGAGCGCAUCCCAUUGCAUCUUCCCACUGGCGAACUGGAUACUAUAAUCUCCGGGCCUUAUGUUUGUGAUUGAGGUGCACUCUGCCCUCUCCGCCUCUCCAGCGAGGGUCUUCUGGCCCAUAAUCUUGGAACUGCCAGAGCAGCAUGGGUGUUCAUGGCCUCUGGACAGUCGUCCAGCCUUGUGCACGGCCCAUCAAGCUAGAGACCCUCAAUAAAAAACGUCUGGCGGUGGAUGCCUCCAUCUGGAUCUAUCAGUUCCUGAAAGCCGUACGCGACAAAGAGGGAAAUGCACUCCGCAACUCUCACGUCGUCGGCUUCUUCCGUCGUAUCUGCAAGCUUCUGUAUUUCGGAAUCAAGCCAGUCUUCGUGUUCGACGGGGGCGCCCCGGUGCUGAAGCGACAGACGAUAGCGGGCAGAAAGAAAAGACGGGAAGGCCGACGGGAGGAUGCAGUGCGAACGGCAGGGAAAUUAUUGGCGGUGCAGCUCCAAAGAACGGCCGAAGAGGAAGCCGCGAGCCGUCGACGAGGUGUCGCUGAGAGGCAGGAAGAGGAGGUGCCGGACAACCCCGUCUACGCUGACGAAGCUCUCAUGACUGAAAAGGAAAAGAGCCAGAACCGUUCGUUUAGAAAGAAAGACGCCUAUCAUCUUCCCGAUAUGCAUGGCUCGUUUGAGGAAAUGGGGGCUCCCAAUGAUCCACGAAUCAUGUCCCAAGACGAGCUGGAGGAAUACGCGAAACAGUUUCACCAGGGCGAGGAGGUCAAUCUUUACGACUUCUCGAAGAUUGAUUUCGAUGGCCCGUUCUUUAUGAGUCUUCCCGCCACCGACCGAUAUAACAUUCUGAAUGCGGCCAGACUCAGAAGCCGCCUACGGAUGGGCUACUCAAAGGAGCAACUGGACAAUAUGUUCCCCGAUCGAAUGGCGUUCUCGAAGUUCCAGAUUGAGCGGGUGAAGGAGCGGAAUGAUUUGACUCAACGACUGAUGAAUAUCAAUGGUAUGAACGGCGAGGAAGCUUUCUACAAAUCGGGGCAGCGGAUCGCCGGAGAGCGCGGCAAAGAAUAUGUGCUAGUCAAAGACAACAGCAUCGAAGGAGGCUGGGUGCUCGGUGUUGUGGGGAAUAAAGAAGGCCAAGAAGACAAGCCCAUUGACGUCGAUCAAUACGGUCAGGAAGCAGUCUUUGUUGGCACAGACGAUGCGUCGGAUGACGAUGAUGGGGGCUUUGAAGAUGUGCCGAUUGAAGGACUCAACAGACUUCCCAGGCUACCUUUUCUUCAGGAAGGCGUGCUUGAUGAGUCCGUUAGAAGCCAGAUGCGUGGGAGUACCGGCAGAGGGAUGGCUAUUGACGACGUGCGAGGAAGAAGCCCCAUUCUGCAGGAUGUCAGUGAUGAUUCUCUUUUCGUCGAAAGUGGCCUAUACAACCGCAACCGCAACGAAGUCCACGAUAUGUUCAAUGACAGUGGGGAUGAUGAAGACGAGAGGCUCCAACGAGCGAUAGCGAUGUCUCUUGAAACGGAAGCCCAUGGCAACGAUGACACUGAUCUACCAGAAAUCCCAAUAAACCGCAACCAUGCCCCUCUGCCGCCUCCAGGUGAGGGUGAAUUGGAUCUCGAUCAGAGUGACGAUGAAGAGAUGGACUUCUCAGCAGCCCUUGCGCAGUCCAGAAGAGUGGAAAAAGAGCCAUCGAGGAUGGUUAAAAAUUCCUUUGAUGGACCGUUACCCUUCGAGUCACUCAAGCUUGGAAAGCCCUUUGGUGGGAAACCAAAGGAUAAAGACCAAAACCAGAAGGGUAGUGAAGUUGAUAAGGAAACAAAGCCUGCAAAACCUCCCAAGGAAAUCCAGCUGCCGCCAUGGUUUUCUAAACAAGCAGAGAGGCCUAAUGGCAUCGAAUUUGCUGCCGAUAGGGUUGCUGUCGAUGAUGUACCGAAGAAGCCGCAUGGAACAAAUCCAACACCUGACCAUCUCUUCGUGAAUGAGACAGAUGAAUACGCGUCGAAGAAAGCUGUUAAGCCGCUUGAUACGAAGGAAAUCAUUGACUUGGAUCCACAGAUUGACGAGGAGGUAAGUAAUAUGGCUACUCAGGACACACCGGUUAUGCGCAAAGCCCCACCCGCGGAAGAGACAGUUCCCACCAAAAACGAUGCGAUCGAGCCCGAGAAUAACAAAAAAUUACUCCAUAUGGAUAAUACCACUCCCACGGAAGCUCAUGAAGGCAUCGCGGAGGAUAGCGCCAAGUCCCAACUCGAGGCUCCAGCAGAUACUGCGCGCUUUGAAGCAUCGCCUUCACCUGAAUUUGAGGAUGUCGUGCCGCAUGCAGGUGAAGAGACGGCCAACGACACGUUGCCUGUGGUGGAGCCGACAGUAUCAGACGAGAUAGACCUUACAGGGGAAUACAUCGACCAGGAGGAAUUUUCAGAUCCGGAAGACGCGGAUCUGCUUCAGCAACUUGCGGCCGAAGGCGAAGAGCAUGUACGCUUUGCUGCGACGUUGAAUCCGACGACUAAUCUUGAAACCGCCUUCGAAUAUGAGCAAGAGUUAAAGCAGCUGCGUUUCCAGCAAAAGAAGGACCGGCGAGAUGCCGAUGAGGUAUCACAGGUGAUGAUCACCGAAUGCCAACAACUGCUGCAGCUAUUUGGUCUUCCAUACAUCACUGCACCCAUGGAAGCCGAGGCGCAGUGUGCUGAGCUAGUCUCAUUGGGCCUCGUCGAUGGCAUCAUUACUGACGACAGUGAUAUCUUCCUGUUUGGAGGCACGCGGGUCUACAAAAACAUGUUCAACCAAGGGAAGUUCGUUGAAUGCUACCUGACUACCGACCUGGAGAAAGAGUAUUCUCUGUUCCGACGCAAGCUCAUCCGGCUGGCCCAUCUAUUGGGAAGCGACUAUACAGAAGGCAUACCUGGGGUCGGCCCUGUCACGGCGUUGGAGGUGCUGACCGAAUUCGCGACCCUGGAAGAAUUCCGUGACUGGUGGACUCAAGUGCAGAUGGGAGCCAAUAUGGACGGCGAUGCGCAUGCCGCCUUUUAUAAGAAGUUCAAGAAGCAGGCCGCGAAGCUCUUCCUGCCUCCGUCCUUUCCCGAUCCCCGGGUUGACGUCGCGUAUCUGGAACCCGAGGUCGAUUCGGACCCGUCGUCCUUCCAAUGGGGUGUCCCCGAUUUACACGGUCUACGGAACUUUCUCAUGUCCACUGUCGGGUGGAGUCAGGAGCGGACGGAUGAGAUCCUCCUACCCGUGAUUCGUGAUAUGAAUCAGAGGGAACAGGAGGGCACUCAAUCCAACAUCACCAGUUUCUUUAGUGGGCCUCUAGGGGCAGGGGCGUUUGCACCUCGUGUCCGUGCCGGUGGCCAGACCCGCAUGGAGAAGGCCUUUAGCCGACUCCGGAAGCAAGCUGUGCCCGUGUCAGACGCAGAGGAGGAUCCCACCGCGGAUGACUCUAGCCAUCCAUCGAGGAAAGAAACGGGUACAAAACGGGGGCGUCGUCCACAGAAUGCCAAGAAGAGCGUUGAUGGCCCCGAGGACGAGAGUGCUGUGACCACCAAAAAACGCAAGACCCGCCGUGGUGCGAAGUCCUGAUCUCAUCUCUUGGACUGGAAUCGGGGCAUCUCCGAUGGUGUUUCUUCUGCCUGGAUGCCUGAUGAUGGCCUCACUUCCGGGGCGCGGCACGACAUAAAUCCGGGCGAUCGGGGGGGGCUUCCGCUUUGGGCAGGAGGAUCGUUGAAUCCCCCGCGCGGUCGCGUUUCAUCGCUUCGUCGCAUCCCUGCCAUUCCCCCUAUCUAUCUAUCACUCAAGUCGGGCUUUUCAAUCCAUCCUGCCUGCCUGGACGGCCUCGGUUACCUCCAACCAGACUCGUUUCCAACG